AUGGACUCCAAAACUCCAGUUACAUUAGCCAAAGUCAUCAAGGUCUUAGGAAGAACCGGUUCAAGAGGUGGUGUUACCCAAGUAAGAGUUGAAUUCUUAGAAGAUUCAAGUAGAACCAUUGUCAGAAACGUAAAAGGUCCAGUUAGAGAAAACGAUAUCUUAUGUUUAAUGGAAUCUGAAAGAGAAGCCAGAAGAUUACGUUAA